AUGGCAAAAAAUGAUGAUAAGCGACUUGUGAACAAUCAUUUGUUUUUUUGUUUUAAUUUUUUCUCUCUCUCACUCGCUCUCUAUCUAUCUAUCUAUCUAUCUAUCUAUCUAUCUAUCUAUCUAUCUAUCUAUCUAUCUAUCUGUCUACGGUAUGCCGGUGCAGAACAGGGUAGAGGUCCUUCGUAUGACAACUAUGGCUACCGAGAGGAAUUGGCCAGUCGUCUGCACCGUGAUUGGCCAAAUGGACAAAAGCAGAUUUACGUGUCUCAGAGCCCUUUGUACGAUUCUUGGAGUAGCAUGCCAGGAGAGGACAAUAGCAGUUCAAGUAUCAAUUGCAAAAGAUGCUUCAUCAUCUUCGGUAUUAUUUUGUUAAUGUGUGGAAUCAUUGCUGGUAUUGUAGUCGCCAUCUACUUCAGUCAGCGUGAUGCAUAUGUGCAAGAUCAAGUAGUUCCAGGGACGUCUAUGACACCCACACCGACAAUACCAGUUCCACAGGAAGUUCUGAAACAGUUUUUAGUGUCAGUGACGACAGAAGGAAACUAUACUCCAGCGUUGAAUGAUUCAUCUUCCAAAGAAUUUAAAGAGAAAGCGCAAUCUUUUCAAAAAAUGAUGGACAGCAUUUAUAAGAACAGUUCCCUCGCUGGAAGCUACAAAGAAACUAAAGUACUGGGAUUCAGCCAAGGAAGUAUUAAGGUCAAUUUUAUAAUAAUUAUAGUUAUUAUACCUCCUUCACCGACUCCAGCUGCUAGAAAUGUGACCAGUUCUCCUUCAAUAGAUAAUAAUACACAGAAGACGACGACGACGACGACACGAUUACCUGAUCCCAGUAUUAUAAUUUUGCAAACUUUAAAAGAGAUCAUAAAGGAAAAUGCAGUUAUCUUGAAUGUGGAUAUAGCUAAAAAUGGCAGCAUUCAAAUAACAGAAAUUACCACCACUGCUAGACCAACAACAACUCCAAUAAGAACCACACCAAUGACCAGCCAGCGCCCGGACACAACAAAAACUCGUCUACCUUCGCCGACAUCUACGACGAUUAGGGAAAUGGUGACUGAAAGUAUGCGUCCAAGAACGGAAAUCCCCAUUCUACCGCAGACAGAACCAAGUAAGCCUGAAACGAGCAAGAAGCUAACCUCUAUCGAGCCACAGCUUCCAACCGAGAAAUCCACUUCUACACAAGAACUAUCACCUGAAAGCACUAAACCACCAAAGCAAUUUACUACUGCACCUUCCAAUACAAAUGCACCUGCUUCACAGACAACCUUUACACCCGUUACAACUGUAUCUAAUGUUCCGACGUUGGGGAAAACAACUCUAAUACAAGACAUUACUACUGUCACCCAAGCAUACUCUAAACUUGCUACAGAAUUACCGACACAAGAUAUUACUGAUCAUUUCACAAGUGCACAAAAUAGCACGUAUAAAGAGAAAGUAAAUUUCACACCAGGCAGCACUAAGGCAUCAGUAACAUUCUCGCGCAAUUAUACAGUAGUCACUGUUCCUUUUUCGACAAGCAUUACACCAAUUAAAAACCAGACAUCUGAAUCAGGAAUGAUGUACACAAGAACCACUAUAAAACCAUUUAUGACGACUACGACAUCUAUAAAGGGGAAAGAUGAUUGUAACCCACGACUGACCAGCUGUGAAAAUGGCCAGUGCAUCCGGCAUGAAUGGUUUUGUGAUAACCAUGUGGACUGUUUAGACGCUAGCGAUGAAGACGAUGUCCGAUGUGGUAGAAAUACAACAAAACCACCAAAUUCAAAACCUAAAUCAACUGGGAAUGAUCUGGACUGCAAUUUUGAGAGUAAUACAAAAGAAUUGUGUAACUACGAAGCAUCUCCCGGAGUCUACAACUGGAGUGUGAAACGUGGAUCGACUAGUAGCAAUAACACAGGACCGGAUUUGGAUCACACCUAUAUGAGUCCAAAGGGGCAUUUCCUUUUCACGGAAUCUUCCUACGGCAAAUAUAAUGACAAUGCGACAUUGAAAAGUAUCCCAGUGGCUACAGACAACAGAAGCCACAGUUUCACCUUCUAUUAUCAUAUGAAUGGAGCCCACAUGGGUUCUUUGGUGGUUUACUUCAACAUUCUCACACUGAAAGGUUUACAAAGGAUUCUAAAAUGGAGAGAAAGUGGCAACCAUGGUAACAUGUGGCUGAAAGCCUGCAUUGAGAUGCCGAAAGAAACGAAAUUAAGCGUUGAAUUUGUUGCUUAUCGUGGUCUCAACUAUACCAGUGACAUCGCUAUUGACGACAUCAAAUACUCUACUGACAGCUGUAUGAGUGUUUCAUGUACUUAUGAAGACAGUAAUUGUGGUCAUAUCAAGCCAAAUUUUGAAAAUAAAACAAAUUCUAAUUUAUAUACUUGGAGACGUGUUCGGGGAAAUGUUAUGAUAAGCAAGUUGUCGGCACCUAAAAUAGACUUUACUCAAGGAAUGCAGUACGGCGCAUUUUUGAUCGCUGAUUCAAAAUCUGAUUUUGUUGGAAUCGCCGAAUUUGUUGCCGUACGUGGCGACGUUAUUCCUGGUUAUAUUGCGGUAGAUGAUGUAGCCAUCGGCCCGGAGACGAUGUGUAACGGAUUUUCCACCUGUCAGUUUGAAAGCGGAAUCUACUGUAACUUCAAUAUCACAGGCAAAGAUUACAGAUGGAGGCGUUACAAUGACUUAAAGGGUCAUUACCUUAUUGCCAGCGGUAAAGGUGCAGAAGGUUCAAAUUCAAAGCUCUUGUCUCCAAAAUUCACUCCAUUACGCAACUCAAGUAUAAGUAUCCGUUAUGCCAUUCAAGGCACAUCAAUUUUAUCUAUUUGGAUCAGAGAAUAUAUGAACGGAAUUCAAAUAAAAAAAAACAAGUUAUGGACUACUGAAGGAAUGAUGACUGGAGUGCAGACAAUGCCAAGCAUGACAGAAAAUAUCAACUCUCAAGCGAAUUACCUAAUUCAAAACACUAAUAAACGUAUGGACUGGCUGACUGCUUGCAUCAAUAUGCCGAUAGCCAAUGAAAUCUCUAUUGACAUCGUUAGCCGUAAAAUAGAUCAGGAAGGUGGUGAAGUGGCUCUUGAUUGGGUGAAUGUCAAUAUGAAACAAUGCCAAAUUGGUUUGGAAUAUAAUGCGUGUAAUUUUGAUGAGCCAAAUCUAUGUGGUUACGAAAUUGAAUGUCCAUUCAACACACAGUAUAAAUGGAAGCGGAUCUCCGGUUCAACGCCGACAUCUACUACAGGACCUUUGAGGGAUCACACAUUCAACAACACCAUUGGUCAUUAUCUUUAUACCGAAGGCUCAGUGGGCCGUGCCGGUGACAAGGCCAUUGUAACAUUCACAAAUAUACAGACUACUAUAAAUACCAGUAUCAGAUUUUCUUAUUAUAUGAGCGGACGGGAUAUUGGUGCAUUGUACGUAACUGUUGGCAAAUCAGGAAAAAUUAGUUGGAUUCAAGAAGGUAACAAGUCUCCUCUAUGGUACUAUGGUUGUGUUGAUCUGCCCUCCAACAAAACGGUGAAUGUUUCCUUCAUUGGUAUCCAUGGAAACGGUCCUUUAAGUGAUAUUGCAAUUGAUGAUGUCAAUCUAUCUUAUGGCAAAUGUCCAGUGCGCCAUAUUUCCUGCAACUUUGAAAAUGAGAUGAUCUGCGGCUAUACAGGUCUUACGGAACAUGAAAUGAGAACUGAUAAAUCAUUCGAUGAGCAAUGGUUGAGGCUAAAUGGAUCCUCAGCAAUCCUGCCCCAAUUCGAUCACACUUUAAACUCUUCUAAGGGUCAUUUUCUGGCCACGUCACAUCCAUCAAAAAUUAUGUCCCCUCGGAUCGCAUAUGGACAAACUAUGUGCUUACAAUUCUAUUACUACAUCCAAUUGGUGGGACAUUACAAUCAGGAAAUCAGCAGCACUAUCUUCGCAAUUGACGAUGUAAGCAUCAGUUAUGGAAUGUGUCCCGAAACAGUAUGCAGUGAUCAAAUGUUUAAAUGCAAGCAAGACGACAUCUGCAUACCCAACUACAGGAAAUGUGAUUGGAUACAAGAUUGUUCCGAUGGAGUUGAUGAACUGAAUUGCUCUGCCAAUAGGUCGAAUAUCCGAUUGGUUGAUGGCAUCACUUCCGGUGAUAAAGGUCGUGUAGAAAUCUAUGUAAACGGCAGCUGGGGAACAGCCUACAGUCUUCGAUGGUUUGAAAGUAAUGCAAAAGUGGCAUGUAGACAACUUGGUUACACUGGUUUCUCUAAGUCUGUACGUUUUGGAAAGUUUUUCUUUGGGCUGGGCGAUGUCUGGCAAAUCACUUGUAUUGGUAAUGAAACUAGUCUACAGGAUUGUGACAAGGUGAACGUUGUUAACACAAUUUCUCACCUGUAUGACGUCGGAUUGGCAUGUUAUAAUUCAGCUUGUGAGCCAGGAAAGAAAGCCUGUCCGAAGAUAGCCAACAGUUCAGUUGUAUACUGUUUGGAUUCUAGUCAGUUCUGUGAUGGUGACAUCGAUUGUCCGGGUAAAGAAGACGAGAAAAAUUGCUCUAAUUGUCAAGCCAAUGAAUUCACAUGUAAAAAUCAUAUGUGUAUCUCAAAGACGAAAAGAUGUGAUGGCAAGCCAGAUUGUUUGGACGCCUCUGAUGAAAUGAACUGCGUACGGAGAGAUGAAGAAAGCAACAUAGAACUUUAUUAUAAUGGCAACUGGACGUCCCUCUGUGGUAAUGGAUUCAAUGAAGCCCUUUAUUCUACCUUGUGUUUGAUUAUGGGGCAAGGAGUUGCCAAACGAAAAACAGUUAGCAGUUCUAAUUCUGUUGGAUUGAUACCAAUUCCAAAUCCUUCCAAAGUAACUGCUAUAGGAAAGUAUAAUUUGUCACUCUCUUCCAAACCUUGUCCAAAAUUGAAACUUGAAUGCUACGAACAAGAAUGUGGUAGACGAUCACAAAAAAAGUUUGAACCUUUUGUGCAAUAUGGCAACCAGGCUGUUCCAACGGAAUAUCCAUGGCAAGCAAUGUUGCUGAGAAAUGGAAACUUCCACUGUGGAGCAUCUAUCUUCAAUAGUCGUUGGCUUAUAACAGCUGAACAUUGCGUGGUAGAAAAAUAUGUGAAGUAUGAAGUGGUGGCAGGCCUGCUUCUAAUACAGGACCUUGACAAAUUUCCCAAAAUCAAAGUGAUAGAUAUCAUUCACAGUAUGAAUUAUGCCAGCCAUAAAGGCAUUCCAGUCAAUGAUAUUGCUCUUAUUUUAUUGGAGAAGGACCUUGUUUUUAAUGACUAUAUUCAACCAGUGUGUUUACCAUCGAAGGUGUACACAGCACAAAAUUAUUGCUAUCUAUCUGGAUGGGGUAGAGAUGAAAACUUGGUUGGUCAGUCUCAUCUGAAGGAGACUAAAGUCUAUGCCAUCAGUAAUGAAGUAUGCAAGAAAUACUAUGAUAAUGUUACAGAUAAUUCCUUCAUCUGUUUCCGCCAUAAUAAACCAAACAUGCCAAGUUGCUAUGGUGAUAGCGGUGGUCCACUUGUUUGUAGGAAUGACAGGGGACGCUUUGAGUUGGUUGGUGUGGUCAGUUUUGGUUUACCCCUUUGUGCAGCUACCAAUGGAACACCUGCUGCUUUCACAAAUGUCUUGAAUUUCCGUGGAUGGAUUGUUGAUCAGACCAGAUGUAGAAUGUGGUGUCCAAAUGGCAAGUGUCUUUAUAAAGCUGAAACAUGCGAUGGGAUCGACCACUGCACUGACAGAAGUGAUGAGUCACACCCCAAGUGUAAUCCAACAGUUACCUGUGAUUUUGACAAACCUUAUAAAUGUGGUUAUAGAAAUGAUUCGUUUAAUACCUGGUACUGGUCAAGUCCACAUUGGUCAAUUCCUUACAUGAAAGCAAAACCAAUGACUGGAAGAGAUACAGAGACAGAAAAAUACAUGUUAGCAUCAGUAAAUGCCACAAAGCUCUCUCCAGCAAGAAUUAUUUCUCCAAAUAUCAAUGUGUUGGAUCAGAAUUGUACAGUUUGCAAUUCCACUGAAUUCCAGUGUAAUACUGGUCAAUGCAUCAAUGCAAGACAUGUUUGUGAUAGAAUCCUGCAUUGUUCUGAUGGCAGUGAUGAGUUGAAUUGUUUGAAAACAACUCCACCAGUAUCUUGCAGCAGUGACCAUUUCCAGUGUGCAAAUGGAAAAUGUGUUUUGAAAGACAAAAAGUGUGAUGGUAUUAAAGACUGUACAGAUGGUAGUGAUGAAAAUCAAUGUAACAAGCCUCCUGGAAGCACAUGA